GCGACUUCCGCGGGGCCCGGCGCGGCUUCCGGGAGAGGCGGGAGCGGAGGACCCAGGUGCGGCGCUCGGUUCUGCCCGUUCCGCGCCCUCGGCCGCCGCCAUGGGCCGCAAGAAGCUGCACCGACCCAUCGCCGCCAUGGCCAAGAAGAUCCGCGAGUACCGGGCGCUGAAGGAUCGGCCGCGGGACUCUCAGCGCUUCGCCGUGGACUACGAGACCAUGCGGCGGCCGCUGACGCAGAAACGGCUGCCCGUGCGGGCCUGGGAGGACGUGCGGAACGAGAACCGCCUGUUGGCGCUGCUCUGCCGCCUGCCGCGCUUCGGCGUGGGCCGCACGGUCACCCGCAAGUCCUGGCUGUGGGCGCACCGCGAGCCCUGCUACUGGGUCAUCACCAAGGUGAAGGCGGACUACACGGCCGAGAACAUGGACCAUGGAAGAGCCUGGGGCUACCUGACCUUCAAAGGCAAAACUGAAGACGAAGUGAGGGAGAUUGACAAAGCCAUGUACCAUGACUGGCGUAUAGUGCCCAAACAUGAGGAGGAAGCCUUUAAGAAAUUCACCCCAGUGCCUGAGGCGACUGUUCGGUUCCUGCCAUACCCACCACUGCUCCGAGCCAUGAUCCUUGCACAGUGGCAGAAGGAAGGAAAACCAAUCAUGGAAGAGCCAAUUAUUGACCUAGAGAAGGUCCUGGCCUCUCCCCAAGAGUGGGCUGAGAGAAAAGCUACUGGGACACCGGUAUAGAGACUUCUUCAGUGUCUUAAGCAUCCCACGUGCUCUCACUGCCUGUUAGAAGCUCAGUGCACAAAGGGUCUUACAGAGCCCCUCUGUGCCCAUUGUCCUAGGAUGUUUCCAGCUUUCUCCUCAGCCCUGUACAGUCCCCUCAUCUGAAAGGGAAGAUGCAGAUGUAUUCAGACUCUUCUUCCAUAACUUUGGUUUCAGUAAGCAGAGGGGUCUUCUUGGUUCCCUGGAUAGUCUCUAAAUACACAGCUUCAGUCAGCCAGCUGCAGUUCUUUGGAGCAUAACAUUUUUCAUAUAACUUGGGUCCUGCACGAAUCACAGAAAAAUGACUGUAAAUAUCACAGUAUUUCACAGAGCUGUGAAAAAAAUGUAUCUUCAAAUGGAAAUAAAUGUUUUCUUAAUUCUGCA